AUGGUAAUUUAUAAAGGCAAAGGAACAAUUGAAAACGACACACCAUUUACUUUUGGGAUUGUUGAUAAAUUAAUGUCAAACUAUUUUGGAAAAGGCGAUACUUUAUAUAUGGACAAUUAUUAUAACAGUAUACCUUUGACAAAACACUUAUUAGACAAUAAAACAAAUGUCGUGGGUACAUUGAGGAAAAACUGGAAAGAAAAUCCAAAAGAAAUAAUGAAUGCUAAUUUAAAAAAAGGGGAAGCAGCUCACGCAGAGAAAGGAAAUAUACAUGUUUUAAAAUGGAGGGACAAACGUGAUGUUUUUAUGGUUUCAACCAAACAUAAUUUAAAUUUUACUUCUGUGAUUGACACAUUUGGAAGGAAUAAAUUUAAACCAACUAUGGUCUUUGAUUAUAACAAUAAUAUGUCAGGUAUAGACGGAGCAGAUCAGAUGAUUAGUUAUUACCCAACUCCAAGGAAAUGUUUACGGUGGUACAUUAAAGUUUUUUUCCACACUAUGGACAUAUGCUUAUGGAAUGCUAAUUAUUUGUAUAACAAGCAAAAGCCAAGUAUGUCACAUUUAGAUUUUAGAAGAGAUGAAGCUAGCACUUUAAUUGGCGUUUCGAACACAAAGCGCUCUAGUAUUCAAACAGCUCACACUAAACAAACCCAUUCACCUAAUUCAGAAAGUUCCAAUUAG